AUGUCAGUGUUUCCGGCUGCAUUUAAUGGGGGAGGCCGUGAAGGCUGCCCUGGAUGCGGAAGCGAAUUUGUGGAAAUUGUGGAGCAGGGUACGAGCAGCAGCCGUCCUGCAGGGAGCGCUGGUGCAGAUAGCGUCCAGUCGACGGCGCGGAAUGUUCAGCAGGGCGAUGCUGGUGUAAGCACUUCAGGAGCUGGCGGAUCGCGUGCCGGGGGCACGGCGCGGGCUCCGCGGAUUGAAGUUCAUGCCAUGUUCCAUUCCAGCCCUGGCAGCGAGAACGAUAUGCCGCUGACGUUCGUGGACGCCAUCAGCCGCUUUGCGCCUCUUAGCCUUCCCAACGGGCGGCAGGCGUUUGUGCUUCAGGUCCAGGAUGGCGCCCUCCUAUCGCCCUUCACCAUGGGGAUCCCGCUCGGGUUGAUGAAGAUGGUGGGUCCUUUCCCUGUCCCUUUGCCCGGGGUAGGUGACGCCCUCGCUAUGAACCCCGGGGACUGGGUGGUGGGGGACGACCUGGACGCCGUGGUCACCCGGGUGCUGGACGCCUACAUGCCGCCACGCCGCGCCACCGCCCCGGAGGUCCGCGACACACUGCCGCGCCGGCGGGCAGCUGCUAGGGCUGCCCUAGCAGCCUCCGCGGCCAGCUUCAGCCGCCGACAUAUGGCCGCCACAAGCGUACCCUCGUCCCCGGCGGCGGUGGCAGCCGCCCCUGCCGUCAGCGGCCCUACCGCUACCCUGCCCGCCGGCCCGCUGGCUGCGGUCACUCCUGGUGGUGAGCCACCUGGGGGCCGGAAUGGGGAAACGCAGCUGGAGCGGCCUCUGCAGCAGUCUGGACAGCAGCGCGGACGUGUAGUGGUGCGGUUAGAGCCCCUGGAACUCGAUGACGUUGCGCGGGUGGCAGUGGCAGGUCCGGCAGUGGCAGCGGAGACGAGGGGCGAUGGCUGCAGCGGGGGCGUCAGAUUGCAUAUGGUGUACGAGGAAGACGUGGCUGAGGCUGCUGCUCCCAGCGAAGGCACGGAGGUGGCUUUGGAGGCGGCUGGAUCUUCACCUCCGCCGCCAUCAGCGCCGCCGUCAGGCCGCUCGGGUGCUGCUGCGGCUGCUGCUUCUGAUGAGGCCGCCGGGUCGGCGGCUACUGCCUGUGUGGCAGCUGUUGCAGCUGAGGACCGGGGUGGUGGUGGUGGCUAUGCUAGCUGCCAGCCUGGGGAGCUUUGCACGGUGUGUCAUGACGCGUUCGAGGCGGGUGGGGAGGUGGUGGAGCUGCCCUGCCGCCACUGCUUUCACGAGGACUGCAUCAUGCCCUGGCUGCAGGAGCAAAACACGUGUCCAGUGUGCCGUACACGUCUCGGGGAAGGGCACGCUGGCAGCGGCAUUAGCAGCUACUACAGCGGCGGGCGACCUCAGCAGCAGGCGGCGACCUCAACGCACAGACCUCAGCCACAGUCCGCAUCCUCGUCGGACGGUAGGGGGCCGCAGACACGGGAGGAGCGGCCGGCACCGAGAGGAGGUAUUCCGGGGGCCCCUGCGGCGGCAGCGGGGGCGAACUUCCCGCUGUUAAAUGCUUUCAUGCCGAACGCCCCGGGACAGACGGCGGGGACGGAUGCAGGCGUUCUGAGUGCUGAGGAGCGUCGGGUGGCGGAGGCAGUGCUGGAGCCGCUUCGUACUCGUUUUGCACCACUACAGCUCACGAAUCGGCCGCCGGUGUCGAUGCCGCUGGCAGCAGGGCCGGCGGCGGUGGCGCAGCCGCCACCCGGGUUGCUGUCAAUGUUUGGCAAUGCCGCAAUGCUGCCCUUGUUUGGGGAAAGGGCGGCAGCAGCAGCAGCAGCAGCGGCGGCGACCCGUGGGUCACAGGCAAGAACGGGUGCCGCUGGUGGCGGCGGCGGUGGCGGCGGCACAGGAACAUCGCGGCAUCAGGGCAACGGCACAAGCGCCACAGCGACGCCUCUGCGCGGCGGGUUUCUCAACAACCAGCUGCUUAACCUGUACGGCGCUGUGUCGAGCGGGACGAGAGUCGCUGCGGGUCCCCGUACGGGCGGUGGCGACAGCGGCAGCGGUGGCACGCGGUCAGCUUUACGUGGUGGAUUCUUCAACAACGGCGGUGGCGCCGCCGCCACUGCGGCCAGCAGCUCCACUGCCGCGACGGCACCACCGCAACCACCACCACAGCGCCCUCCCCGUAGCGGUUUGGGUACAUCAGCACCACUCUCCGCCGCACAACCAUUACCUACAGCCAGGGCUGCGACGACAGCAGCAGCGGGAACGGCAACACCACCACAACAACCGCAACCACAACCAUCGCCAGCAGCAACAGCAACAGCUGACGGGCGGCUGAUGUCUGGGGAUGUGUCCGACGGCAUUGAUAUGGUCGCGGCCCUGUCAAAUCCUGACUUGGGCAGUGAGGCGGUGCUGCGGCAGCUGGAGAGAACGCUGGCGGCACGGGACCGAGCAGGCUGGCCCAGGCCCAAUGAGGCGGUGCUCAGGAGCUUGCAGCGGCAUGCGAUGAUGGCUGCCACACGCUUGGUGCACACAGUGCCGUUCGGAACCCCGGAUCCGGGCCUUAUGAGGCGAGUUGCGGCUCUGGCAGACCGGUGGCUGAGGCAAGCCGUUGCACUGCAGCAGGACGCCGCCACUCUGGCGCACCAGCACCGCACCAGAAGGGACAACGACAACGGUGACGGCGCCAGCGGCGGCAGCGCAAGUAGCCGUGCGGCGACGAGUCUGAAGGAGGAGUCUGAAGCGGCCAACCCCGCCUCAGGCCCAACAGACACAGGAUUGGACCCACUGGGCUCGCAGCCAGCCGCUGGAAGCCCGGCGAGCGACGCAGGUGCUCCUUUGGGCGCUGGUGAUGGUAACGGUGGGGGUGACGGCGCCGGUGUACGGAGCACGACGAGGGUUCGAGUCGCCCGGCGGGGCCGUGUAGUGGUGGCUUCGCCGCGUAGAGGGCCGUCUAUGGCAUCCACCACCACGGCCUCAGCUGCUCUCGCUGCCGUACGGCCGGCCGGAAGCUCCGGCGCACAGCGGCGCUCUGCGUCGCUGACUCGCUCCGCCGGGGCGCCCGCGGGUGGGGAGGGCAGCGGAGGUGCGGGCGGCGGCACCGGUACCCAGGGGGCGAGGUCAGUGUCCACAUCACCCGGCGCAGCGGUUGCUGGUAGCGCUGAGGGCAGCCAUCACGGCGGCGGCGGCGGCGGCAGCAACGGUGCCGGGUUCAAUCCCUUGGCGGCGGUCGUCGGAGGCGCGGGCGUGGGCUUGCGCUUCCUCGGCGGCGUGGCUGGGGGCUUCUUGUUCCGCCGCGGUCGUGGAAAUGGCCGCUGA